GAGGGCUCCCCCGGGCGCCUUUGCCAGCUCGCUUUCGCUUUUUCCCGGGGCUUGAGCCUGCAAAGCCGCUUCGGGCAUGGGCGCCGCUGUUUCUGCUGCUGCGGCGGGUGGUGCUGCCCCUUCGCCAUGGGGUUGACUUCUAAGGAUGCCCAAAGCUACGGUGAAGCUGAUCGUAACCGGGGAUGAUUUCGGCUAUUGCCCGAGGAGGAACCACGGCAUCGUGGAGUGUUUCCUGGGCGGGGCCAUCUCCAACGUCUCGCUUCUGGUUAACGGGAGUGCCGUAUUAGACGCCGUUCAGCUGGCCAAGAAACAUUGCAUUCCGAUAGGUCUCCAUGCCAACCUUUCUGAGGGCACCCCGGUUUGCCCAGCGCUGAAGAAAAAGUCCACACUCCUCAACCCAGAAGGGUUCUUCCAUGGAAAGAUGGGAAUUCGGACGUGUUUAAACAAAGGACUUCUUAGCAUGGUUGAGGUGAAGCAGGAAUUAAUAGCACAAGUGGAGUUGUUCCGUGAACUGACGGGACAUUUACCUCAUCACAUGGAUGGACACCAGCACGUCCAUGUUCUCCCAGAGAUCAGGCACAUAUUUGCGGAGGUGUUAGAAGACUAUGGGAUCACUUACACUCGAGUUCCCAUCGAACCGGAUCUCCCACGCUGUGGUUGGAUAGAGUCAACUUUGAUGGAUUUCUAUUUGGGAGUGGAGAAGGAUUCGCUGAACACCAUAGAGGUCUUUCAAAAGCACGGCAUAAGGUGGCCGGAUAUAUAUAUCGGCCUCAGCACCAUGGGGAAAAAUAUGUCCACCCAAAGCAUCUUAGAUGCUAUCGAUAACGCCAUCGCAGCUCAUUUGGCCAAAGACGACAGAACGACGACUCCUCCGCCAUCUUCGUUCUUACGUCCUGCCGGUCAAGGACUCCGGACAGUGACGCUCGAACUCAUGACUCACCCAGGCUACCCCAGCAUCCCACCUACUGGCGGUUGUGGAGAAGGCCCCGAUGACUUCUCUCAGUCGUGGGAACGCCUGCACGAACUCCAGACCUUGAAGAACGCAGAGCUCCAGAAACAUUACAAAAUUCGAAACAUUCGGCUCUGCGCUUUCAAAGAUCUCGCCGUCUGACGCUCCGUUUUUACGUCGGUUCGAUGAAGAUGGCCGGAUCCGGUGAUGGUUCCAGAUGGGAGCAGACGACAUCGGGGGAAUUUUUGCACUCUCUGCAAGGCGGAUAUGGCUCCUUCCUCUCAUUUUUAAUUUUAAUUUUUAAUUUUGGCAAAUGGAAGGGGGGGAAAAAAAAAUCUCACGAAAGGAACUUCCGACUGCGAUCGUCUUCGUGCGAAGAGCCGCGUGGGAUUUCCCAGAGUUUUUGGUUGUAGAAGCAGAAGUUGAAUGAGGAGCCAUCGCUCGGCGUUGGCUUGCUAGAAAACACCAGCAUAGACCUGAAAUUUUUAGGGUAUAUACCAAGAGGAGAGAAGAUAUUGGUAACUCAGGGUUGAAAGCACGGGCCCUUGCUGCUCUCUGAGGUUGGUAGUUUCCUUGCAGACGUUUAGUGACCAAACUAGGUAACAUCAUCAGUGCCUCACUGGGUGUUCGUCUAAUACAACUAGAUUUUACUGCCAGAUGUAAAGCUUUGUGGCCUGUUUCACAAAUCACGAUUAAAACAAGCCAUGGCUUGGCAUGCUGCAGGAACCCAGCUAACACAGCAACUUAGGUCUCUCUUUCCGCAUUCUAUUCUGAGACAGAAAAGCAUUUUGGAAGAAUCCGAUGUUAUUUUAGAUUGUUUCUUGCUUAGUAACGCGGUGAUUUUUUUAAAGGGAUUAGUUAAAAAAAAAACAACCAAAAAAAAAAACCCCAAAAGCAUCCCGUUUGUUUGAAUAGCAAGUAGAACAGGUUGAAUCAAGAACAUCUCGAUCUGCAAGACUUAAAAUAAAAAAUGUUAUGAAAGCUUGUUAGAAGGCAGUGAGUUUGGAGCGUUCCAAAUUUUUUUUUUUUUUUUUUAGCCUUGGGUUGAAGGUAAGUUUUUUUAAAAUCUCAAAAAAUAAAUAAAAAGCAAACAGUUGUUCAGAUUAAGAACUCUCAGGCUUGAAAAAUAAAACUUUUUGCAUUCGGCAAUCAAAUGCUCCCCCCCCCUUUUUUUUUACACGCUCAGUGCAAACCAUUCGUACAGAUGAUCAUCUUUCAAGGUUUAUUUCCUCCCCCCCCCACUUGUGAAUUUCCUGUUUUAAAAGUUGAAACUUUCCCUGGACGUUCCACAGGUUGGUCUUAAUCCUAUCUGUGAUCCAGUAGGCAUAUAUAUCUAUAUCUAUAUAUAUCUAUAUCUAUAUCUAUAUCAGUUAUAUAUAUAUAUAUAUAUAUAUAUAUAUCUGAUAAAGAAAUAAAGCAAAAUAUAAAUUUGGUAUAAAAUGGUUUGUCGUGAAUGCGACUGCUUGAGGGCUCCUGGAUUGGAGCUGAUGAAGGGAGGAGAACUUGUGGCUCAGAGGUUAAUACAACUGCCUAACAUGCAGGCAGCCCAAGUUCGAAUCCAAGUAAGGGUAUGGCUAGCUGAUGAGAGCUAAAUAGCUUGAAAUAGAUCUAUACUAGUCUCCCUUUAUGUCUUUAUCAGCGAAAUAUAAAUUUGGUAUAAAAUGGUUUGUUGUGAAUGCAACUGCUUGAGGGCUCCUGGAUUGGAGCUGAAAGGCGAAAGGGAUGCAGUAUGCUCCCUCCCACAUGCUGGGGUAGACCAGGUGUCUCGAUAGAAAAAUACAUACAUACAUACACACACACACACACACACACACACACACCACACACACACACACAUAUAUAUAUAAAGCUGCUGUUCCAUUGUCUUUCUUAUUUCACGUUGUACAGGGAGUCCUCAACUUACAACCGUGCGUUUAGGGACCAAUUAACGUUACAACAGCACUGGGGAAAAAAUGACUUGCAACCAGUCCUCGUACUUACGGCCAUUGCAGCAUCCCCUGCGGUCAGGUUAUUGCAACCAGGUGCUUAGCAACCAGCGUAUCAGAGUUACAAUGCCCUGGGGGUCAUUUGAUCCCGAUUUGCGACUUUCCCAGCUGGCUUCCAACAAGCAAAAUCAAUGGGGAAUCCCGGAUUCGUUUAAUGACGUGAUUAAGAAGUGCAGUGAUUCACUUAACCACCAUGGCAAAAAAAAAAAAAAGUCGUAAAAUGAGGUGCGAUUCGCUUUAAGAACCCCGCCUUGCUAAGCAAUGGAAAAAUUCCGGUCGUAAGUUGAGAAUGAUCUGUAAUAGGUCUCUGACAUAAUGUUUAUAUUUUGAGAAAUUACAUUCCUUUGGCUGGUUGUUUAAACAUUCGAAUCAAUUCUGUGACUCUUGUAAUUCCCGCAAGUUUCCUGAGUUCUCUGUUGACACUGAAUUAUUAUUUAUUCUUGUAUUAUUCUGGGACUAAUGAUGAAUUAAACGCGUUUUUUUUUUCUUAAAAAAAAUCACCCUCUUUUCUAUGGAUAAGUAAUUUCCUACUAAUUAGCACUGCAUUUUGUUAGGAACGGUUUGGAAAAUUGAAAUUUUUGAGUUUCUUCCAAUCACUCCCUCUCUCUCCCUGGCCUGCACUGGUCAAAACUAAAAUAUUCGAAAGGAGCAUUAACAGUGAUGGCAGAAUAUGCCAGCAUUUAGCCAUGUUUUAGACGGAUGAAAUAAAUAUUUACC